UGGCAUGGUAGCGACCACCUCGUCCACCUCCGUUACUGUGCAAAUGGUUCAUUCCAAGGUUUUUCGACCAAUCCAGUGCUUUGUUAUGGUUCCGGCCCGCUUCCAGUUGCCUGACCCAUUUGUACCUCAACACUGGCGAGCUGAGCACAGGUUGCACAGUUCUUUGGACUCUCGUGUGUUUUUUUCCGUCCUCCCUGUCUAUCAUGGCUGAGGAAAAUUUGUCCGUGGUGUUGUAUGCUAAGGGAGACCUCAGGAUCGAAAACCGUCCGAUUCCCGAGCCAGGACCUAAUGAGGUGUUGCUCCAGAUGCACUCAGUGGGAAUCUGUGGGUCAGACGUGCACUACUGGCAGCAUGGCCGAAUUGGGGACUUUGUGCUGAAAAAACCAAUGGUGCUGGGCCACGAAGCUGCAGGGCGAGUGGUGAAGGUCGGGUCAGCAGUCACACACCUUAAACCAGGUGAUAGGGUGGCCAUUGAGCCUGGUGUGCCCCGUGACACGGAUGAGUUCUUCAAAAGAGGACAGUAUAACUUGUCCCCCACCAUCUUCUUCUGUGCCACGCCGCCUGACGAUGGAAACCUGUGCCGAUAUUACACUCACAACGCCAACUUCUGCUACAAGUUGCCUGAUAAUGUCACAUUUGAGGAGGGGGCGCUCAUCGAACCUCUCUCUGUGGGGAUUCAUGCCUGUCGCCGGGCCGGCGUCACCCUCGGCAGCACUGUACUCAUCUGUGGUGCAGGACCCAUUGGAUUGGUUAGCUUGAUUGUAGCCAAGGCAAUGGGGGCCUCAAAAGUCAUCAUCACUGAUCUCUUUGCAGAGCGCCUGGGCGUGGCCAAGGAGAUAGGCGCAGACUUUCAGCUGACAGUGAAGAAGGACGAUGGAGCGCAGCAGCUGGCAAAGAAAGUCGAAGAAAUCCUGGGAGCCCAGCCUCAAAUCACCAUUGAAUGCACUGGAGUGGAGAGCUGCAUCCAAACUGCCCUUUAUGCAACAUGUUCAGGCGGUGUGGUGAUGCUGGUGGGCCUUGGCGCUCCGAUGACUACCGUUCCCCUGGUCAAUGCUGCUGUGAGAGAAGUGGACAUCAGAGGAGUCUUCCGCUACUGCAACACUUGGCCGAUGGCUAUCGCCAUGUUGUCAUCAGGCAAAGUGGAUGUGAAGCCCCUUGUGACCCACCGCUUUCCACUGGAGCAGGCAGUGCAGGCCUUCGAGACCACACGUCAGGGUCUUGGGAUAAAGGUCAUGUUAAAGUGUGACAAAAACGACCAGAACCCUUGAACCGACCCCCUUCGGCGGAGCAUUCUGCUGAGAUCGACUGAGCGUGACAGACAGGCACAAAGAGGACUCUGGCCUCAGAAAGACAACAAAACAAAACAACUUCAAAGAAAGAAGCAUUAAUCGCAGCACUGUGAACGACAGCUGGAAGCUGUUUAUCAUAUGUUUAUCUUUAGAUUGUACGGGUUAAUUAUAGUUGAUCAGGCCUCUGACAGCGGCAUCUAUGUAUGUAUAAUUUACAAAAUGUGAUAUGCUAUUUUAGAAUAAUAACCUUUUUAAAAAAAAAAUUAAUGUAAGAUAAAAAAGUUCUCUUUUUUUUCUGUGUAACAUGUACUACUAAUGCUUCGACAUUAGGGGGCACUACAGGCUUAGAAAAUAGUGAUUAGACACAAAUAGUACCAGGAAAUGCCAGUUGCAAAUUGUUGUAAUAAAUCUGUAAAUUUAGAGCAGCAGGAAUGUUAAUGACGCAAGAAUAUAUAUUUUUUUAUUAUUUUUAAGUGGUCAAGGCAAAAAGUUUGAACAUGUGAUGCUCUUUUACUGUGCCUGGGCUUUUAUAUGUACAACAAAAAAGUACAAAGUUUAUUAUUUGAAGAUGCAAGAUACUUUAAAAAGAAAAUGCAAGUGUUUUAGCACUAGAAGGUGAUAAAAUAAAGACACCUACAAGUAA